AUGGCGGUGCGUGGACGCGCGGCGGCGGCGGCAGCAAUGGCCGCUGUGGAUCGGCGGCUGCCGAGCCUCGAUGACUUCGCGGGGCAGAGCUGGAGCGCCUGGGUGGAGAGGGCGGGGCCGCCCGCCGAGCCAGGGUCUGAGGUGGAGGAGAGCAGCAAGAACGGCAGCAAGAAAGUGGAUGCGAUGACACUCAUUAAGGAAGACAUGUCUAUCUUUGGGCACUGCCCAGCCCACGACGAGUUCUACCUGGUGGUGUGUAACCACUGUAGCCAAGUGGUCAAGCCUCAAGCCUUUCAGAAGCACUGCGAAAGACGUCAUGGACCUCUCAGCAAGCUCUACGCCCGGGCGCAGGCGUCUGCCAAUGCCCAGAAGUGCCAUGCGGUCAACGGGCAGCCCCCUGCUUGUGGGGGCCACGGCAGCGCCAAGGCCUCGCGGGAGAAGUCGCAGAGCUCCCGCAGCCGGGCCCAGCACCCGCCUGAGAGGCCGGAUAAGGCGCAGAAAGACAACCUCUGUUUGUUCAUGCCGGUGGUGAACCUGGAGAAGAUUUCCAGCCUUCCCAAGCCGGAUGGACACGGUAUCAAGGUGCCCCCGAAGACUGCUGCUGCUUCUGUCCCCGGGCAGCCGCCUGCCAGCUCCAAAGAGCCCAUGGGGAAGCUGUCCCUGGCAGUGUCACCCAAAGAGCCGCUUGUGCCAGCCAAGGCAGGAGUCGACUCCGUUGUGCCCGCCGAUGGUCUGGACAGGAAACCAGAGAGCACCUCUGCCUCAGGGGAGAAGGAGCUGGGCGCCAGCAAACCGCCUCCCAAAUCCCACAAGAAGAUGGCGCGGAAGGAGUGUGAUUUGAACAGGCAGUGUGGAGUUGUGAAUCCUGACACCAAAAAGAUCUGCACCCGGCUGCUGACCUGCAAGAUUCACUCCGUGCACCAGCGCCGCGAGGUGCAGGGCCGGGCGAAGGACUUUGACGUCUUGGUGGCGGAGCUGAAGGCCAGUUCCAGAAAGGGGGAGUCCCCCAAGGAGAAGAGCCCGGUGAGGAAGGAAGCGCUCCCCGACCGACUCUCACAGGAAGCCUCCUCUGGGGCGCAGACCUCUUUGGUUCUACCCAGCACUUCCCCUUGCCGAGCAAAGCAGCCCCACUCCCACUGUGCACUUCCCAGGUCCAGGGUUUCUUCAGAGAGCGACCUGGAGGAGCCGUCCACGACCUGUGGCGACAGAGAUCCCGGGCUCUACCCCUUUCCCGUGCCCAAGGGCAGUAGCCGGGUAUCGAGCGACGAGAGCGAGGAUGACAUGGCUGAGGAAUCCCACAGGCUGGACUGUCAUUAUGCAACACGGCCACCACGGCCUCAGGCGUUCUGCACCUUCGGAAGCCGCUUGGUCAGCCCCGGGUGUUACGUGUUCAACCGACGGCUGGACCGGUUCUGCUCAGCCCUCAGCUCCAUGCUGGAGAGACACCUCAGCUCACACAUGUGGAAGAAGAUCCCUCCAGCCGCCGACCCCCAGCUGCACCCAGCCCCGUCGCCCGCCGGCCCGGGCUCCUCCACAUCCAGCACUUCCCAGAUUGGCAGCUCCUUGCUGGCAUGCAGCCUUCCCCACGGCACCCCUGGGAGGACCUCCUUGUCCUGUACAGCAACGGCCGCCAGGGAGAGCCGCGGCCACCCCAGCCUGAGCUACACGGUGGGCUCGCCCCACGCCGCGGCUGCCUGCAGCCAGUCGGACUGCACGGGCGGGAGCCAGUCCAUCACCUCCCCGCUCCCGGCCAACACCCCCUCGCCAUCCUUCAGCAAGUUGCCUUCCACCAAGGCCAGCAAGUCCUCCAAAGCCAAGGAGCUGGCAGGCGGCGGGGAGCCAGAGGCCUCAGCCCGAAGGCGCAAGCAGCCUCUGGGUGCCGCCACUGGCCCCCCGUACAAACGGACCUGCCUCCUGGACCCAGGCAAGGGCAAGGUGGCCGGCUGCCAGGUCCCCCACCCACCUGCAAAGACCAAACCCUCCAUGGGCUCCCCCUCUGCUGCCUCCCUCAACGGCGCCAUCUCGCCAGGCUCCAGAGUCAAGCGGGCCAGCCACCUGGACUGCAGGGCUCCCGGCCACCCUCAAGUCAAAGCCUCCCAACUGGAGAACCGGGGCUCCCCGCUGAACGGGCCGAAAGCACUGCAGGCCAACUGCCUCUCGGACGAGGAGGCCAAGAAGCGCAAGAACGCGGCCACCUACUGCAGGCCAGUGAAGGCCAAGCACCCCGCCGCCGCCUCUGACUCAGGCUGCGCUGUGCGGAGGAAGAAGGCCGUCGCCUCGCUGGGCUUCGAGGAGAAGCGGAACGCACUGAAGUCGAAAGCGCAUUAACAAGCAAGUGCCUGUGCGAUGCAGACGGAGCCAUCGGUUCUGAGGACUGGGAGGCCCUGGGUCGGAUUCAGAGGCCACUGCUUUUUAUAACUUUAUAUUAUUUUUUUUAAAAGAAAAAAAAACUCUAUAAAAAUACCUCAAGACUCUUUUCCUGUUCUGUUGCUGCUAAAAAACCCGAACGAACAAAAUCCCAAGGGGGAAAAAAAAUCCAGACGCAAACCCGAUCCACACCUGGGAGGAGGUUUGAAGCGGAUGGACUGGACCGAGGAGGCAGCCACACAGCCGGGCUGGGAUAUUUAUAAGAAUUAUUAUUGCUGUUUUUGUUUCUUUUUAAAAAAAAAGAAAAAUCAGUAUUGAAA